CCGUAUCGCGCGGUAAUCUAUUAACCUAGAUUAAUAUUGUUAAUCGUUAAAAGUAUUAUAUAGAAUCGUGUUUUUAUUGUGUCAUAUUAGAUAUUAGAUGUGAAAAUUUGUUUAUUACUGCUUAAUUUUGAAUUUGCACAAAGUCAGCAUCGUAAACCAAAGUACAACAAUGGGUCACCUACUGAGGAGUGCGUACGUGCUCGGAAUGGGGGGGAAAGACGAUGAAGGCAUGUCCCUAGACGAAGGCAGACAAUCACAGAGGCCAUACAGGUAUGGCAUGGUGUUGCUGUGCGCCGGCGCGCUGAUCAAUUGGCUAGGCCUGGCAGAAGACUACGCGGAGCCCGUGCGCUACGUGGGCGUGGCCUGCAUCGUUGCAGGAGCCCUGCUCAUAUGUGCCGCCAUGUGUUGCUGGCUGCAGUCGCCCGCGAGGCAGCCACAGACCGACCGCGCCUCACCUGACACUCACCAGAUUGAUGAUCCCAUCCACGUAAUUUCAAUGCCAGAUGAAGAAACAAUGCAGCAGAAGCCUCCAGACUACGACACGGUGGCGGGAGCCCCGCCGACAUACGACGACGCUAUCAAGCUGAACCCAGCGCGCCUCCUCCCCGCGACGAGCAGCGCCCGACACGACCUGCCGCCGACGCCCCACCUGACGGAUGUGGCCAUCAUCCCCGGCCAGCCCGACGACUCGGUGCCGCCCACCAGCCCGAUGACCGCCAUCGCGCCCAUCCACAGGUCGCAGGUGCCCAAGACGCCGCCGCCACCAUACAACCCCACGCACGCCAUCAGAUGAAAGCCCGGCUGGACAACUUUGUUACUUUAAAUCGACUGCUGUUUCAUGUGAUGAGACUCGUAUAUAGCAAUUAGUCCACGUUGUUGACAUCGCAACAAUGUCUCGGUAUUAUAUUUAUAUUGUACGUACAUAUCCUAACAUGAAACUAUUGUUUUAAUUUAAUGUAGGUGGUCGAGUAAGAGCGCUGCGUACUUAUGUGAUAAUAGGGAAGUUAUUAUUAGUUACUUAUUUCCUGCUCUGUACAUAAUUAUUAUGAAAUUUUGUAAAAUAGUGUUUUGUUAAAUAUGUACCUAUAGUUAGGCAGAUAAGUUAAGAAUUCUUCCAAUAAUUAUUUUAUAAAUUGUGUUCCAUACAGAGCACCACUGUGGUUCCAAAUAAUGAUAAAGUAGGAUAAGUCAACGGUCGACAGCCGUGGAUCGGGUCGGCCGGUGGACAACAGACACCCGUACAUAUCUGUUUAUAUCAAUUAUAUAUGUUUUAAAGCAGUAGUAGUGUCCUACGUGACUGUGCCAUUCAUUCAAAAUCCUCUGAAUUUGUCACUGGUGUGUGCAACAUCAGUGUUUCAUGCCAGCACU